UUUUCACACUCACGGCCGCGUUCAUUCCCCACCAGGUGGAUCACGGAAAAUUUGUUGGUUAAAAAUGGCAGCCGAGUGUGAUGCGAGUGCGAAGCAAGCAGAGACUGUGUCAGUGCCUUCGAAACAUGCAAAAGGGAGCACAAGACGAUCAUUGCUGAUUCUAGGGAUCACAUUCCUGUCUUCACUGAUGUGCCUUCUUCUAGUCUACUGGAAUUUCCCAAUGCUGGAACCGUCUGAAAAGCAGCACAUCAAGCUGCCACGAGACAUAGAGGACGCCAAGGGCUUGGGACGGGUGCUCAACAGAUACACAGAUCGUUAUUUCUUCACCGUCACGUCUGGCUUCUUUGUCACCUACAUCUUCUUGCAGUCCUUUGCGAUCCCAGGCUCCAUCUUUCUCAGCAUCCUGUCUGGCUUCCUGUUCCCAUUCCCGCUGGCACUGUUUCUUGUUUGCCUCUGUUCGGCAAUGGGAGCAUCAUUCUGCUACUUCUUCUCGUACCUGGUCGGGAGGCGCCUGGUGUUCAAGUACUUUCCCGCCAAGGCCAUGAAGUGGUCCGAGCAGGUGGGGCGGCAUAAGGACAACUUGCUCAACUACAUGAUCUUCCUGCGCAUCACGCCGUUCCUGCCCAACUGGUUCAUCAACGUCACGGCACCCGUCAUAGAUGUGCCCAUAGCCCCCUUCUUUUUAGGCACAUUUGUAGGUGUAGCGCCGCCAUCAUUCGUAGCCAUCCAGGCCGGCACCACGCUGCAUAAGCUGAGCUCGUCCCGAGACGCAAUCUCCUGGUGGUCCGUGUCCGUGCUGGCCAUCUUCGCCGUGCUGUCUCUGCUACCGGUGAUCUUCAAGGGCAAGCUCAAGCAGAAAGUGCUCUAGUGCUCCUCCUCUCCUGGCCGGGGUGCACGUUCUUCGCGCGUCUCCGCUGUUGACUUGCUGACGCCCGCCCAAUUUUUUGUCUCGUUUUUUCCCCCAUUUCCGUGCUUCCCCCCUUUCCUCCAACCGUGCCAUCUACACUUGUUUUCCUACUGUAAAAAGCUCGAAAAUAAUUUUUUUUUUCUGCGAAAGAAAUCCAACUUCACUCCCAUCUCUUGUCCGAAGACUUGUCGGGAGAGGUAACAGUGUGUCCCUCACUUGUCGGUUUCAUUCCCUGCCGUUUCCUCUCUUGCGAGGUACUUUCAUCACACUUGGCUCCUCACCGCCAUUUGUUCAAAAAAAUUGUAUAAUGUCAUGGAGAAAAUCGAUUUAAACAUGAUUGGAGGUCUUUUUAUUUUGACAUCACCUUUGUUUGUGCACCCUUGUACUAUUGUCAGUUUCUUUCUUUUUUCUUCUCACUGCUCAAAACUGUACUACUAGCACAAAACACCUUUAGCGUCUGUGAAAAUGCAAGCGUACUCGAGGCCGAUGCGAGCCACUGUGUAUUUUUGCGUUUUGGCUUUUAAUGCACAAUUGACAGGUUAUGCUGUUGUUUCGUAAUAGGAGCACCAUGUUAUUCAAGUGUUUGUUGUCUUGAGUAGUUUUUGAGGUAUUUUUUGCGUUUCCAAGAGCCCAAUAUGAGUCUGGGGAAUCAAUUGCACAUUCGUUUGCUAUUACUCACUUACUACUCUGUAAGUGAAAGUUCCCAGUCUGACGAGAGCUGCAUACGCAGCGGUUAGUGUGUGAUAGGUUGACGUCCUCAAAUGUCUCUCCCCUUCAGAGGGACAGUAGCAUUUUCUCUUUCUUUUGUGUGUGUCUGUGUGUUUGGCAUAAAGCUUUCACAUUUAGCAGUUAAGUUGACAGUAUUCCUUUAUUGUUUUCUUCCAUGUCUCAUUACCUUUUCUUUCAUUCACUUCAUAACCGGGGCUCUUCAUUUGCCUUUCUUUCUUUCCUCGCGAUUAGGACUUUCCCGCGGGACUUUCCUCAACUGCUUGCCUCUACCGUUUGGUCUUUAAGGCAACUGAGUUAUCUGGAUUACGUCUGUAGCUCCUGGUGUAGACAGCAUGCUUCUGGACACGCUUGCUCGUUUUAGUCAAUGCGGCACUCGUAGCACGUUGCAGACAAGUAAAGCGCACUAUUUGGAAGUGCACACGUACGUUGUUGGUGCAGCUUUGAGUAGUGAUGAUGCUAUCUGUACAUAAGCGUGGAGCACGCUGGGUGCAUGCCACUCCGAUAACUGCAGAGUUGUGCGAACAAGAUUGCCCAUUUUCUUGUGGUUCUGCUUCGUCAGUGAAUGAAAUGGUCGAUGCUUGGCUCAACGCCGUAUGGCGUGUGUUGUGAAUUGUGUAGGCAGUUAUUUUUUUUUUACCUGCCAGGUUGCGAUCACUAGAACGAAAAGAAAAAAAAAUUGUUGCAUGGAAGGCAUUUCUAGACCUAGCACUGUUGCUUAUCAGGCUAGCAAUACGUAAUGUACGAAAAGAGCAUGUAUUUUUUCAAGCUAACUAGUAUACCAGGUGCAGCAGCUAAUACCGAAUUGGGAAGAACGAGGCAUGUUGUAAAUGCAUUGUGUGCAGGCUCACGAAUGUAACAGCCGUGGCUAGUUGAAGGACUGACGGCAUACGAAAUCUCGGAGCUGCUGAUAAUCUCGACGUAGGGAUGGAGUUGCAUCGAGUGCAUGUGAACUAAAUUAGCCCACAGAAGACAAGGUUAAGGAGUAACCGUAACCUCUGAGUUGCAGUUUUGCAUGUCUGAAAGCACUGCUCUGUACUAUUUCAGGGUCGUCACACCAAAGUUCUCACCACAUCACCAAAUUAAUCGACAAGGGGAAGCCGAAGAAAACACACUCAAUGAACGGAUUCACAUCAAGAGACGGCAGAGUAAUAACAGGAGUUUGACGAUCACAGACCUUGCGCAUUGUAGCAUUCUUUCACAAAAAAUGGUAACAAGAGAGCACACUUUUCAGUACUGCAGUCUUGGUUACAUUCGGGGGCAUAUUUUAAAGAGCUUUUCUUAAAAAUACAUCUGUUCUCAAUGUUGAUCAUGGUAUUGGCCGCGAGAUCGAGCGGAGUCGCCGCCUGGCGGCUACUGACUGAAGCGUGCCUAGUGUUGAUUGCUCCCUGCGUCGUCUGCUAGCCACUUCGUGUUUGCAUGUGCGCGUACGUCCUGCACGGUCUCAAAGGGCGGUUUGUUCUGUUAUUUUAGCGCGAGUUAAACUGCUCGUACGUAUACCGAACAUGGUGUACAGAGGCAAAUGAGCUUGCUCGGCUGCAUGUGCAUUGUAGUAAGAUCAGUGAGUCCGACUUUCGAGAGGGCUGUGUAUUGGUGUCGUACCCUUCGUUCGCCAGAAUCAUUUCAAUGUUGGUGCCGCUUUCUGGUUCAAGCACACCCUGAAGUGCGCUUGGCAUAGUCCCAAACAUGAGGAACAUUAAAUAGUUUGUGAAUGCAGCGUUUCAGCGACUCGGUGGUAAACAAAAACGAGGCUCAUGCACUUUCGCGUUGUUAGGUGUAUGACUGCGGCACUCCAGUUCAUGAUGAGCUGUAGUUGUGCUUAAGAUGUCCUUUUAUUAAACGGUCGGGGUCCCGCUACAGCGAAAUAUUUCUAUCAAGUGAAGUCUGAAACUCAAACUGUCCCUAAAAAAAAAAAAGAAAAGAAAAAAACAGACAAUGGAAUGACACGGCAGUGACAAAACGGAGUUGCUGCGCGCAAUUUUAACUUGGGGCGAAAUUUUAACUUGGGGCGAAAUUUAUGCAGAACCACCCGUGUGCUUAGAUUUAGGUACGCUUUGAAGGACCCAGAUGUUCAAAGUUAAUUCGGACGGCGUGCCUUACAUUUCUGUCGUAUAAUUUCACGCAAAACCUCAUCUUUUCUUUUUACAUUAUCUUGAGCGUUUGUGUGGAGUUGUUAUAAAUUAAUGGAAGGCAGCGAACCUUAUUAGUUUGAAAGAAAAAGACACUUGUUCCAUAAAAUAAACGGAUCUUUGUUGCAUCAUUGUCGUGCACGUAAUCAAUCGAUGAAAGCUCUGUGCUAAACUCUUACUUGUGUAUACAUGCGUAUUCGCGUGAACAGUGCUAUUGAACUCAUUGCACAGGAAUAUGGGCUGGUAUACAAAUGAACAAGAAGUAAACAUUUAAGUAGUUCAGUCGUGCUUUUGCAGUGCGUAGUACACAAAACACGAGCUAAACACGUACAGAGAAAACAACAAAAAAAACGUCAUAUAGUGCGUAAGCGCAGACUGUCAUCCAUGGCGAGCAUCCCUUUCAUCGGCAGACUGCGCUUCUCAGUAACGUUGGAUGAUCUUCGUGCAUUGAUUCAACGAAGAGCGUAUAUAUUACCAGUAGGCUGCAAUCAACGCAUUUUAUUCGCCGACUAUCGGCUCCAACCGCUCACAACGAAGCACCGCUGUGUGCAUUUGUAUACGCGCUCGGACCGCCUCUCCACACUAAUGUGGCAACAAUGCUGCCACCUAUAGGUCGAUCUCGCGGCCAAUACUAAGUUUGACAUCAUAGGUUGACAAAUGCCUGUGGAAUAGGCUUACACGGUGGACACAAGUAUUACCAGUACCCCCGGCUUACCUUCUACUGUAAACCAAAAGCUGCAUGUGACUUCCUGCCUGACACCCAUUUAAUACGAAACUGUGGAACCACGAUGAAAGAUGUACUGCUUGGUGAUGCCGCAGUUAUGACAAACCCAGGCAUCUUUUGUACAUACGUUAUCAGAGUAGUAUGAGCGUUAGGUAUGCAGUUAGGCACAUGGCAGCCACUGCCGAGGUAAAGCAUGGACUCAGCAUUGCCUCAACCUGCACUGCUUUGAAGGGGGAUGCACGUGCCCGGCCUUGGCGCCAAGUCAUCUGCGACGGGCACCUGUACGCCCAAACACUUGGAGGUUGUGUAAUCUUCGUUGUACGUGAACGUGGUGUUUCGUCUGCAUCUGUGGCUGCUGUUUUGUGUUUGUACGGUUGCAUGCGUGCUCGUGAGAGGCUGUGCAGGGAUGUCUACGUAUCUCGGGCUGCAAAGCUCGUAGAAAUCAAUUUCGUGUUGGUCCACUGGGCGUGGGUGCGAGUCUGUUGUGCCUUUGAGUGAUGUGCUGUGUGCUGAAAGUAGUUGCCUAAAAAGAAGGUGGAUAAAAGACAGUGCAAUCAUUUUUUAGUUAGCAUUCUGAAAAAACACUGGCACUUUAUUUUGCGCUGCAUUGUAUUAUUACUGCAGUGCACUGAAGUCAUUGCAUUUUGGUUUGUAUGCUUUCCUUGCCUACACUGACAAGAAAUAGCAAAAAAAAAAAGGAAGCAUCCUGCGUCAGAGCAUCCUGUAAGUUUCAGUUUUUUUUUUACUUAUGAAGUGCUUUUUGGACGUUUGCAAAGUUGCCGAAGUGUUUCAUGAAAGGUUGUAUAUGUGUGUGUGUUGCAUAUGGCAGUAACAAACACACCUUGCCAAUGCUGCGUUUGUAAAAGAAUUAUACUUAUGGUCUUGGUGUCCUCUAUAUUAGUGUAACAUGCCAUAAAUGUGACAAUUAGAAUCCCUGCAAGCAUUUCGUCAUGCGUGCGCUGUGAAAAUUAGGACCAACAACGCAUGGGCCCAUUUCUGUUUAUGGGUAUUUUUUGUGAACAUACCUUUUUUGCUGACUCAGGUUCUCUUUACCGCACUUUUCUUUUUUUUAUUUUUCAACUUUCUGAGACUUUACACGUCCAUAUUCAUGGGCUCAGUGCAACGCUGUGUGGAGCCGAGUGGUAAGCAGACAGAUAUGCAGAGGAGCAAUUACAAUCUUGAACACAAUGCAAUCAGUGUCCGAUGCUGAGGUUCUUGAAAGUGCACAGUUCUUAGGCAAAAUGUUUCUAUCUUUUAAUUGGUAAAAGUGCCACCGUCCACACACCAGAUUAUGCGCUUGUGAGACCAAGCUGUGCGAAAGAAAUACCGACAGUAGAAAUUGAAAGCGCAGUGCUUCCCUUAUGAUGCGAAUUAAUAUCUGUUUACAUCUCGCGUUUGCACUGCUCACUGGAGGCACAAAUGUGUGAAGUAUGUGUAGUAGUCUGAUCUCCUAGUAGGCAGCGCAAAUGCUCAGGCAAGAACUUGUACUAAACUGAACAGGACAAAAAAAAAAAAAAAAGGAAAGAAUGGACUCGCACAACACUGCUGCUGUUUGCGACUAGUCGCCUGUUCUCUGCAGGCCUAUUGUUCUUUGUUCCUCUCACAACGUUAGAUUUUGACGAAAUGGAAGGUACUGCACUUGGCAAGCACAUUUCCUUAUAUGGAUGUUUGUACUUCCAACAUUUUGCUGGGCUUAAACAUGCAGUAGUUUUGUGUAGACGGACACUAUUAUAAUGUGUCAGGUUCUAAAAAAAAAAGAAAGCUCACUUUAAAUGCCAUCAUGCCAUCAUUAAAUUCUUUAGCCGCAGGUGGCACCGUUUUUGGAAGCUCUGGUGGCUUGAUACAACUACUGCACUGUGCCUGUGUUUUCCUUUUUUUUUUUUUUUUGAAACAGUGGACUCUCAAAGUGUGCAUUGCACACCGUGCAGUAACGAUACGAUUGCUUUACCGCCAUCAUAGAAAAUCUUUGUAUGAAAAGAAGAAAAAAACAUUCCUCGGGGUAUGUCACCGAUCUGUUUCGUGAAGUGAAUUUGUUGUAUGUAGUGUACAGUUAAAAAGUGCUCGUUGUUGUCAAACUUCAAUCUUUGACAUCCUCUAAGGGGCGGAAAGCUUCAAGUCGACACUUUUGUUACCCUUCUGGCUUUCUUUCUCAGCCCUUCUUUUUUUUUUCUUUUUGCUGUCUGUUGAAAGUUAAGAACAGUAUUUCUUCAGCCGUUUUUUUUUUUUGUUCGAUAGUCUUUAUUCUCAUAGCUGGAUACUGAAAAACUAGUCACGACUAUAGCUUGUUUAUAUAUGACAAAGUUUAAGCAAGACGCGUGCAUAAGAACUUGCUAUGCUCAAAGCACUAUGAGCUUUGCCACUAGUAAUACACUCCUAGUAUGAAAGCGGUGUCAGCUUCACUUGUACUGUUAAGGAAGCGCUCAUCGCAGCUAACAUCUGUGCCACUAAAGUGCAUCUGCUAGUGUUCACAAGUGCACCUAAGUAUUAGCCGUUAGGGUGUCGUGUUUUGGAACCUGUCGGAAUCGGUCGCCGGCUGCCACUUUUUAACCAACAAACUGUAAUUGGAAUGUUGUAAUUACAUCUAACAAUGGUGUGUACUUGGUUUCUUUUUCUUAUUGCCCUGUUUAUUACUAACACGUCCCUGCGUCGAUACAUCUCAUUUUCUGCUGUGUGCCGGCUCCCUGCACCGCUUGGCAAAGUGCCGGCCGCAGAUUGGAAGUUGUAUGCGCACACAAACCGACCGAAGUGUUGUUGUGGAAUUGCGUAUUGGUGUAAUUCGAAGUGCGAAAUAAAACGAUGAAAUCUCAGUUGUGUUUGACGGAAGGAGCCGUCUGAGCGUGUUUGUUUAGGUAUAAGAGGAAAAAGGGACUAAGAUGCAGCUUUUUAUUUUGUAAUGACAAGUUUAUUAGCACCCAAACUCAAAUAAAAUGUCAAAAGUUUGAUUAUAAGAUGACUAGAAUACCACAGUUUGCCAUAACCACAGUGAAAAAAAAAGAAA